AACUCCAGACCCAGAUAAUAUACUUGUCCUAAUGGAGGACCAGUUUUUUCUACAACUCGGGAGGAACAACUGAACUAAAAGUCGUGUACAUAAACCCCCUCCAAUCCAACGGCUUUCUCCAAUCCAAGCAAGCGUUCAACCCAACCUAUCAGAUAUUUCUUGAUACACAAGAGGAUGGCAACUCGCUACCUCCCUCUCCUCCUCCUCCUCCUCCUCCUCCCUGCCUCACUGUUUUCUUUUGCUGUUGGAAUCCCAUAUCAAGCACCCGAGAAGACUGAGGAGAAGGUGGUGGUGAUGGAAGGCAUAGUCUACUGCCAGAACUGCACCCAUGUUGGCUCUUGGUCAUUGGCCGGUGCGAAGCCCCUGCCAUCAGCCAAGGUGAGCAUUUCAUGCAAGGAUCACAAGAACAGGGUCUCGUUCUACAAAGCAGUCCAGGCCAAUGGGGAGGGAUUCUUCUACGCACCGCUUGCCGGCUUGAAGGACUACCAUGUGAAACGCCCGACCGACGCGUGCUUGGUGCGCCUGCUCUCCUCCCCCGAUGCUCGUUGUAAUGUGCUCACCAAUGUCAACUAUGGGAUUGAGGGAGCCCGACUUCAGGGCAAGAACAAGAGAAUCACGACAGGGGGCUACAAUGCCGAGAUUUACGCUGCCGGGCCAUUGGCUUUCCGGCCAGCCCAUUGCCCUCCAAGGACUCUAUAUUGAGUAGUGCGGUGUCUCCUGACUCAGUAGUGAGGACCUGACUGCGCUGUGUUAUUGGCUUUCCUUGCUCGUUGUUUGUGCACUUGUGUUUUCCUCCUGUGUUAUUUGUUUUGCUUGUGAUCUUUGUCUCGGGGAGCCCCGAGUUGGAGCUUUCUCCGUGUUUCUCCGUAAGACAGGAUAUACUGUAAUAGAUCGCGGUCAGUUUCCUGUAGCUUUCCCGUGUUUCUCCAAACUAGUUCUUCUAAUCGUGAGUUCUGUUCA